AUGGAUGACGAUACUUACCGCGCGAAACCACCGCCGUUUAGAAGAGUUGAGGUUGCGAUCCCCAUCCGUCGCAAACCAAAGGUGGACGCGCUACCGUACAGUUCGAACCAAACAGGUAUCGUCUAUGACGUUCGCAUGAGGUUUCACACCGAACCAAUAGAUGCAUUAUUAGACGAGGAUGAUAUACAUCCUGAAGAUCCAAGGCGAAUUCUGGAAAUCUUCCAAGAACUCGCCGAGGCAGGUCUAGUUGAGACGCCUGGCAAUCCCGUUGCAGACGUAGACUUCGCUCUCUGGAGGAUUAACGCACGACCUGCUACUGAGGAAGAGAUUUGCUUGGUGCAUUCGAAAAAACACUAUGACUGGGUCAAGAGCCUGCCUCACAACCCCCAAGAACUCCUAAACGAAAUGUCCCGGGAUCUGGAUUCGGUCUAUCUUCACCCUACCACCUACUUCUGCGCGACUUUGUCUGCAGGUGGAGCAAUUGAAGCAGCCCGAGCUGUCGUUGCCCAGCACGUGAAGAAUGCCGUUGCAGUCAUCCGGCCCCCGGGACAUCACGCCGAACACAACCAACCUGGCGGGUUUUGUUUCUUCAACAACGUCUGCGUAGCCGCCAGAGUCUGCCAGCAGGAUUUCCCCAUGGAUUGCCGCAAGAUCCUCAUUUUGGAUUGGGAUGUACAUCAUGGUAAUGGUGUGCAACAAGCAUUUUACAACGACCCGAACGUCUUGUAUAUCUCUAUGCACGUCCAUAAGAAUGGUACUUUCUACCCGGCAACUACCUAUGGAGACCACCACCACAACGGUGAAGGCCCAGGACUUGGUAGGAACGUCAACAUACCAUGGUGCAGGCAAGGAAUGGGCGAUGGCGACUACAUGUACGCAUUUCAGCAAGUGGUGAUGCCAAUUGCUGUUGAGUUCGACCCAGACCUUGUCAUCGUCUCGGCUGGGUUUGAUGCCGCAGAAGGUGACAGGCUAGGGCAAUGCCAUGUCACGCCGCCGUGCUAUGCGCAUAUGACCCACAUGUUAAUGUCUCUAGCCAGAGGCAAGAUUGUGGUCUGCCUUGAAGGAGGUUAUAACUUACGCUCGAUUGCAAAGUCGGCAUUGGCAGUUACUCGCACACUUAUGGGCGAGCCUCCGGAUCGGUUGGGCGACAUUGAGCCCUCGCGCUUCGGAUAUGAGACCGUCGAGUUGGUGAAGAGGACGCAGUCGCCAUUCUGGAAAUGCAUGUCUUCAUACCGGACGAUCGACCAAGAUUAUGUCAGCCGCUUGAAACCACGAAGGAUGCACGAUAUUGUGCGUGCAAAUGACAGCGAGGAGUUUUUCCAAGCCCACAGAAUGACAGAGUUAUGUAUCAUCCGAGACAGGAUCUCAACGUCAUUCCAGAAGCAAGUGCUUGCCACGCAAGACUUUGACGGUAAACGUCCUCUGCUUGUCAUUUUCCAUGAGCCUCCAGAGACGACCGUGCUCCGUGAUCCGCAGUCAGACCAUAUUGAUUUGCAUAAUAUCUUUGUGACUGAUGUGACCAAGACCUACGUGGAAUGGGCUGUCGAAAACCACUUUGGCGUUAUAGACGUAAACAUUCCAAAGUACAUCACAGACCUGGAGGGGCCAGCUGGCUAUGUGGAAGCAGACGACCCUGAUAAACGAGCACAUGCUACAAAGGAGCUUGCGUCGUACCUUUGGGAGAACUACAUUGAGCUUGGUGAAAACACCAGCAUCUUCUUCAUGGGCGUCGGUGCCGCUUAUGCCGGGAUCAUCGACCUGUUAGGUGAAAACGAUCAUUGCACCGAUGCAGUAAAGCACUGCAUCGCUUUCCUCGCCGACAAUCCAUUGCAAUCAAUCAAAAAAUUGACAGACGAUUACAUCGGAAAUUGGUACCACGCACACUCGACAAUAUUCGUGUCAGAUACCCACGGUGCGUGGGAUCCUAGUCGACAGCGCAAGCUACGCAAGAAAUACGGCAACCUCAUCCGCUCACCACAAUCGGACAUUCCGAACAUGCUCGAGGAGCACCGCAGCCAAGUCAUCGAGCUGCUGCUCGAGGAAACGGAGGAAUGGCGCGAAGAGCACGCGCGGGAGCUGGAAGAGGACGCCGAACGGCAAGAAAAGGCGAGGCUGAACGCAGCGGCUCACGAGCGGAACAACGCCCUGCUUUCCGCGCCGCUCCGAGGCCUUGGCGACGACAGGGACGGCCACAAUGGCCACGGCAGCGGCGGGGCGGGCAACAAUGGCGUGAGGUCGCACCCCACGAGCGCGCCCUCGCCGGCCACGGGGGUGGGACGGACGAGCACGCCUACGCGCGCGCCGCCGCUGGGCAUGUUCAGCAUCACGCCCUCGCGCGGGUCUGCGAGCCCGAGCAAGCGGCCUAGGACGGAGUGA